ACACGAUACCCCACGUCUUUUUUCUCCACUAUCAACUAGACCGAGCCUCACCCGUCCCUUCCCUAUUCCGCCCACCACAACACCGCCAGAAUGAAUCCCGAAUACGACUACCUCUUCAAGCUCCUCCUCAUCGGUGAUUCUGGUGUAGGAAAGUCGUGCCUGCUCCUCCGUUUUGCCGACGACACAUACACAGAGAGCUACAUCUCCACCAUCGGCGUCGAUUUCAAAAUCCGAACUAUCGAGCUCGAUGGCAAGACGGUCAAGCUGCAGAUUUGGGACACCGCCGGCCAAGAGCGCUUCCGUACCAUCACAUCCUCGUACUACCGCGGCGCCCACGGCAUCUGCGUCGUCUACGAUGUCACGGACAUGGACUCGUUCAACAACGUGAAGCAGUGGCUGCAGGAGAUUGACCGAUACGCCACCGAGGGCGUCAACAAGCUGCUGGUCGGCAACAAGUCCGAUAUGGCGGAUAAGAAGGUCGUCGAAUACACCGUAGCAAAGGAGUUCGCAGACAGCCUCGGCAUCCCGUUCCUCGAGACGUCCGCAAAGAGCGCCACCAACGUCGAGCAAGCUUUCCUGACCAUGGCCCGCCAGAUCAAGGAGCGCAUGGGAACCACAACCGCCAACACGAAGCCUACAGUUCCCAUCGGGCAGGGCCAGGGCGUGCAAAGCGGAUCCGGAGGGGGCUGCUGCUAGUGGGGUAGACGUUAGGGUCGUUUGAUGUAUUGGGGAAACGUACAAGGAUGCAAGAUGAGCGAUAUACAGGUUUCCAAGGCGUGGGUGUUUAUGUUCUCCGGUCUCUGGUGUGUGAAUUGCGAAUUUGGUUCGGUAACUUAAUGCUCAGAUCAUGGUUAUGGCUUUCCUUUGAUAACGCAUCCACCUGCUGCGUUGACUCCCGUGCUCUGUUCUUAUUUGCUUGGGGUCUAACACAUAAAUCGGAAGGAUUCAGGUCUUAGAUCGAGAAGCCGGCGUAGCAGCACGAGUCAGAGAUGUGGUUUGAUGUAUUAGAGCUCUACUGCUUGUCUCUUGCUUGAUAUAUG